AUGGACGGCGCUUCUGCUAAAAAAUCUACUUCCUUUGAGACGUUAGUAAUUCAGAACAUAACAAAUGUGAGUGAAUUAAAAGCAAAACUAAACGAUAUUAUCAAAACUGGAAAGGAUUACGAUUAUGAUGUUUCCUCUUGUCUCAAAGCUUUGAUUAACAGCAGCGACCAAGAUAUUGUGCUGUUAAGCAUUCAAGCUGUAUCUGAACUAGUUAAAUGUGAAGAAAAACGUGAAACGUACGCUGACAAAGCCAUUAUAGCCCCUAUACUGGGUAUAUUACAGAAAGACAUCACCACCGAGAAUGUGGAACUUAUUAAACAGUGUUGUAGAGCUCUUGGGAACUUGUGUUGUGAUUGUGAUAACUCUAGACAAAUCAUCCUUGAAUCAGGCGGGAUACCUAUUCUUAUAAAACUACUUGAAAGGAGUUUUAAUAUGAAAUUAGAAGCAAUUCAAAUGCUUGUGGCCAAAUCUUUACUUAAUUACUCUAUUGGUGGCUCUGAGUUUUCUGAAUCAAUAGUUAAAGGAGGUUUGAUAGAAGUCCUUGCAAGAAUAUUGUCUAUGGAACUGGAGAAAGUAGAUUUUGAUGAUGAUAUGAUAUCAACCUGUCUAUUGAUAUUAAGUGUGAUAAAUGAUAAUUCACCAGAAUUUUUGUUUGAAGAAACAAUAAAUAAAUUAGUUUUGAAAAUUUUGAAAGACACAACUAAUGUGGAGAUUUCUGAGCUAUGUGUUGAUCAUUUACUUACACAAGCUGAACAUGAUUCGGUUAAAACCCUGCUGGCUAAUGAGGGUGGAGUUCAACUGGUAUGUGCCCGUUUAGAGCAGUUGGUGGACAAACAUAAUGCUGGAGACCUCAAUGCUGAUGAUACUGAAGUCCAGUCAAUCAUGAAACAAGCUUGUGAUCUUGUUAUUAUUGUGUUAACUGGAGAUGAAGCAAUGCGCAUUCUUUAUAAGAAUGGUAUGGGUGAAGUGUAUAUCAGUAUGGUGAAAUGGUUGGACUCUCCGAACUACCACCUACUGACUACUGCGGUGUUAGCUAUUGGAAACUUCGCCAGGCAGGACGAUUACUGCAUACAGAUGAUGCAGGACAACAUUUUUGAUAAGUUACUUGACAUAUUCGAAACAUACCACAAGCUGGAGAUCCGUUCGGCGUCGGGCCCGCAGCCCGUGGCGGGCGCGACGCUGUCGAAGCUGCAGCACGGCGCGGUGUCGGCGCUGCGCAACCUGUCGGUGGCGCGCGACAACAAGCGCCGCGCCGCCGCCGCCGGCCGCGCCGCGCCCGCGCUGCUGCGCGCGCUGCCGCUCGUGCGCGACCACCACGUCGCCUACAAGCUGCUGGCCACGCUGCGCAUGCUGCUCGACGGACAAGAGAGUGUGGCUAAGCUGCUAGCGAGCGACGCAGAGGCGCUGGCGAGCGUGGCGCGGUGGGGCCACGCCCCCGAGCACACGGGCGCGGGGGGCGAGGCGCCGCGCCUGCUGGCCUGGGCCGUCAAGCAGCUACGCCACCACCCGCACUGGGCACACAUCGUCCAGGUGGAUGGGUGCAUAUCAAGUCUUGUGAACAUGCUAGUGGCAUCUCACUCCCUCAUGCAAAACGAAGCAAUCCUCGCAUUAACUCUCCUCGCGAUAGAAUCACUCAAAAAACUGUCUCCGGACGAACCAACUGACUACGAUUACGGAAAGAGCUUUACAUCGCAGUUGAUAAAGUCGGAAAUCGGUAAGCACGUUACAAUUUUAGUUGACACCAACUGUGCAAAAAUGCCAGUUGAAGUAGCUGAAAAUUUGCUCGCGUUUCUCGACAUAACAUCAAAGAACAAUGAAGUUCAACUCGAUUAUAAAGAAGCUAAGGUUCAUGAAACCUUGAAGAAGUUCCGUGAUUCGAGAAACGAUUUGAGUGACGACAUGAAGAUUUGUAUUUCGGGUAUCGUGUCUGCCAUAUCCGAUAAUGGAACGAGUGUUUAA